AUGCGCAGGUCAUACGUCACACGCAUCCCGCGCCCGGCCAUCCAGAUGCAAGCGGGUUUCUCGCAGGAACCGGGCGACUAUUACAUCGGAAGAUCGAAGACCAAAGUGUCCCCGAAGGUCUUGAAGGCUAUCGAGGAGCACAUAUUUCCUAAGGCGGAGCUGUGGCUCAUCGAGAUGUCGGGUUUGUGCAAGGACGAAGAUUUCCAAAAAUGGGUGCUCGACGUGUACACGCUCGACAAGUACGGCAUCGAGAUGCGGACCAACCCCACGAUGUCGAGAGCGACGGACAUAUCCUCUCACCUCAACACCAAGCACCUCGUCACGCAACUUCGGGCCGAGAUAAACCUCCACAAGGAGGAGGGAGGGAAAAAGGAAAUCCAGAUCAACCACCUCGAGAAGCAGGUCGAGUCAUUGGAGCAGGAGAAGAGCUCGAUGAAAGCUGAGUUGGAGGCGAAGACAGAGGCGUUCGCGCAACUACAGAAAGCGUUCGACGCAUUGAAGAAUACCGCGGCGACAAGCGCAGCUGCAAAUGUGGGGGAGAGCGAGAGCGUGCUGCUGACGGCGACUGAGGAAGCCACCCCGGAUCCAUAG